AUGACUGCCGAUGCUUCUAAGCCUGUUAUUCUCCAUCUCGGAGAUGACAUAGAAUUCAACCCGGACAUCUACAAAAAACUACAAGACUCUUUUACCAUUAUUCAGCCGUCCCUGGAGGAGAGGCAGCGUGAUGCCUGGCUCCAAGCCCUGCGAGAUCGGAAAUGGGGAGAUUUCCAGGCCGUCUUCCGCCCAUUUUGGAACAGCGGCCUCGAGAUGGGACGCUGGGAUGCAGAGAUGAUCCCCCUCCUCCCCAAGUCACUCAAGGUCUUUACCUCUGCUGGCGCCGGAUACGACUGGGCCGAUGUCGAUCUCCUGGCUGAGGCCGGGAUCUUGUAUUGCAAUGGUGCGGCGGCUAGCUCCGAGGCCGUUGCUGACAUGGCCAUCUACCACAUCAUCUCUGUUUUCCGCAACCUCCAGUGGAGUAACAUGGCGGCUCGCACCGGCAAUGUUGACGAGUUCCUCGAUGCACACCAUCAUCAGCCUAUCAACGCCUUUAAUCCCGCCGGAAAAGUCCUUGGUGUGAUCGGUUUGGGCAAUAUCGGAUACCGCAUUGCAACCAAGGCAUAUCGGUGCUUUGGAAUGAAGAUUGUCUACAAUGACUUGUUUCCAAAGAGCAAGGAACAGGAAGAGGCUAUAGGAGGCGCCCAGAGAAUCCCAGAACUGGAUGACCUCCUGGCAACAGUCGACUGUGUUGUCAUCGCUACGCCAGGAGCAGGCGGAAAGAAACUACUAGAUGCGCCUCGCAUUGCCAAGAUGAAGAAAGGCUCGCGGCUUGUGAAUAUCGCACGCGGUAGCCUCAUUGAUGAGGAAGCGCUUGCGGAUGCAUUGGAAAGCGGGCAUAUAUAUUCCGUUGGGCUUGAUGUUCAUGAGAACGAACCGGUUGUAAAUCCUCGCCUGAUCAAGAACCGAAAUGCUACACUCACAUGCCACAAUGCUGGUGGUGCCUUUGAUACAACGAGCGGUUUUGAGGCUUUGUCAAUGCAGAACGUCCUUGCUGUACUCUCUGGACAGGAUGCGUUGACUCCUGUGAACAAGCACUUAUUGAAGUGA